CUUUCUCGACUUUUGGGAGGUUUAGAUGCUUUAGUGCCAAAAUUUGUUGUACUUGAUCCACCGUUAAUAGCUCGAUGGAUUCGUAUCUAUCCAUAUCGUGAUACACCAGGCUUUGUAUGCAUUAGACUGGAAGCAUACGGCUGCCGAUUCUCAGAUGACCUGGUAGAAUAUCGAAUUCCUGAAGGGAGUCUAGCAUAUCCUCCUUAUAAAGCUGAAACUAAUAUAUAUAAAUCUCAAGGAUCCGAAGUGUUUCCAACGGAGAAAUUGAACUCUAGUCAAGCCGGUGGUGGUCUUCCAUUUUCAGAUACUUGUUAUGAUGGACAUAGAAUUGAACCAGGAAGUCUUUUAGACGGAGGCAUUGGUUGUCUUGUUGACUUAAACAGUGCUAGUCGUGAUACAAUGCCAGUUAUACAACGAACAAAUGCUGGAAAUUCAAAAGUAGAUCAAUCAGUGAAUCAUCAAUUUGUUGGCUGGCAUCGGGAUCGUUGGAAAACUUCACCGGACAAAGAUAAUGAUGUUGUUGAUAUGCUUUUUCGUUUUGCUUCUAUACGUAAUUUUACCCGACUACGACUUUAUAUAUCGAAUAAUUAUUUAGAAAAGAUACGGUUACCCAGACGAUUGGAAGUCAAAUUUAGUGUAGGCGGUGUACAUUUCUCUGGUCAGUCACCUAUUUCACGUGAAUUCAAAUUAGAAAAUCGUAGCCUAGGUGUUUUUAGCAUUAUUAUGGAUUUAUCUCAUAGAAUUGGUCAAGUUGUACAAUUGAAAGCAUAUUUCGCUGAUGAUUGGUUAUUAUUUAGUGAAAUACGCUUUGAAAGUG